UUUCAAAGCUUUCGGGGGCAGUGCUGUCGCCUGACUCUGCUGCCCAGACGUCCUCGGCCUAGUUGGAGUUGUCCUUGUCACUACUGCUUGGCACAGAGAUGGGCAAACACUUGCUCUUGCUACCUGGCCUGCUCCUGUCCCUUCCUCUGACCGCAGCCUGGACGACAGCUCUCCACUGCCAGGUGGUCGAAGGCGCCCGGCUGCCUCUGGUGUCCCGGUUCUUCUUGCCCUGCGUGCUGGACUCCAGCCUGUCUUUUCUUGCCUCAUGCGUUUCGGUGACCAACCUCACCCGGACCCUGGAGGCUGUGCCACGGAACGUGGGGGGGCUCUGUCUUGCUGGUCCCCUCUCAGUCCUGCCCCAAGAUGCUUUCUCCGACUUUCCCGGGCUCAAGGUCCUGUGCCUGACACUGCGGAUCACCCAGCUCCUGCCAGGAGCCCUCCGGGGCUUGGAGCAGCUGCAGAGGCUCUCUUUCCUUGGCCACCCCAGGGAUGCUCUUUCCCUAGCCCCGGAAGCCUUUAGCAACUUGAGCUCCCUCCAGCACCUUGCCUUCUGGGGCCUCUGCCUGGACCGGAACUUGGGUGUCCGGCUACCUCCCAGUCUACAGCGACUGGCCGUGAGGUACAGCUGCCUGCAGAAUGUGGGCAUGCUGACUGACAUCUUCCCAGACCUGGUGCUGAACUCCUCCUCUGGAGAGGGCUGGGCCUUGGACACCCUGGACCUGUCAUUCAACCUCAAGCUGAACACGUCCGGCCCUGGGGCCCUCCGGGGUCUCCAGCUGAGAGCCCUGCGACUGGAUAACACAGAGAUGAAGGCAGCUGCUGUGACGGGCCUGGGGCUCCAACGGCUGGACGUCCUAUCUGCAGCGAAAACGGGCAUGGCCGAGCUGCCUGGUGACGUCAUUGCCCACUUCGGGCUGAAAGCGCUGCAUUUUCAGGGCAACACGAUAGGGCGCAUAGCUCCCAAGACUCUGGCUUCUUGUCACACCCUGGAGAGCUUGGAUCUUAAGAGCAGUGGUCUGACUGACCUGCCGCUAGCCUUUCUGGACGCCAUGCCCAGGCUUCAGACGCUGAACCUGGCAGCCAACCACCUGCAGAUUGGCAUGUUGUGCAGCAACGGGACAGGGGUCGAGUCAGGACUGCGGGUCCUGGACCUGUCUGACAAUGGACUGUGGACUGUGCCCCCAGACGCCUUCUCCUGCGUGCCCCACUUGAGGACGUUGCUGCUUAAGAAAAACAGGCUGGCUCACCUGGAUGGCCACGUGUUCCAGGGCCUGAGCAGACUGGAGACUUUGGACCUGACAGAGAACCUACAGGCAGCCCCAGGCCAGGGCGCGCAGGCUUCUCUGUCUGAACUAACCACCCCACGCCCGCUCGACACCGCGAUGGUGCCGAGUUCGAUCUGGGACUUCCGGAGCACAGCAAGUCUGUCCAACUUGAUACUGAUGCUCCCCUCUGGACGCCCCAGGAUUUUGUCUCUGCCGAUAGGGCUGGUGAGUUUGGAGCUUCACGCAGUCUCAGGCACGAAGCCCUGGAAGCUGGUCCCCCCCAUCUUUCCAGCUUUACAAAAGCUGACCCUGAAACACUGGGGGCUGCAACUGGCCGUCCAAAAUGUCUCCAAGAUCUUCCCUGCCCUCCUCCAACUCUCGCUGCUCGGUGAUAGCCUGGAGGCCCUCUGUCCGCAGGACGCCUCCCGCUUCUUCCUCUGGCAGCACCCUGGGCUCCAGCAGCUGACGGUGACGGGGAUCAGGCGCAGCCCCAGACCCUGCUGCAUCACAGGGCUGCCAAGCCUGCAGGAACUGAUCCUGCAGAAUCUGCAGGCCUGGGCCCCGCCACGCCCUGUGCGCCUCGAGGAGCUGGUGGGGGAGCUGCCCAGGCUCGAGGUGCUGCAGUUGAGCCACACAGGGCUGGAGACGCUGUCGGCGGCCGGCUUCCAGGGCCUGCGCCGUCUCCAGGUCUUAGUGCUAGACUGGGAAGAUGGCCUGGUGCUGGACAGCAGCCUCCAGGAGCACAGUCCCCAGAUGCCCCAGUACAUGUAUUUCUUGAGUGUGACCUUGGCCUGCGAAUGUGCCAAUGGCUGGGUGGAACCCUGGCUCCAGCACUCCUCCAGAACAUACGUGUACAUAAACGAGGAGUGGUGCUCACCGAAAGGUGGAGGCCGCUCCAAGAGUCGCCUCUUCCCCUUUCUCCAGAGCCACUGCCCUGAGAGCUUGGGGCGAGAGCUCUUUUUGGGGACCUCGGCCCUGCUGCUUCUCCUGAUGUUCCUGCCUUUCCUCCAAGAGGCCAGGAACUGGGCCCUCUAUCUCCGGGCCUUGUGCAGGGCUUGGCUGAGGGGCCAGAGGACCGAGGGCCAGGGGUUCUUCUAUGAUGUGUUUGUGUCCCACUGCAGGCAAGAUCAGGGCUGGGUGGUGGGGGAGCUGGUGCCCCUGCUGGAGGGCUUCUCUCCGGGUGGCUGGGGCCUGCGAGCCUGCCUCCCCGAACGGGAUUUUGAGGCAGGCAAGGAUGUGGCAGACAACGUGGCAGACAGCAUGAUGGGCAGCCGGGCCACCCUGUGUGUGCUGAGUCGAGAGGCCCUGUGCACACCCCGCUGCUGCACGGAGCUCCGCCUGGCCACCUCCCGGCUGCUGGCUGCGUCCGCUCCGCCAGCGCUGCUGCUGGUCUUCUUGGAGCCCGUCUCCCGCCACCAGCUCCCCGGCUACCACCGACUGGCUUGGCUGCUCCGCCCAGAAGACUAUCGCCUGUGGCGCCCGGACAAAGAAGGGAAGGAUGACUUCCGGGCUUGGCUGGGGAUCAGGCUGGGGCAAGGGACUGGAGGGAGGAGGUAG